AGAGAAUUGAUAGUUGUUGAUAGUAAUGUAAAUACGUCGUGCAAAGUGUUUUAAAAAAAUGACUUGGGACAUACCAUGGUUUGAAAAUAUUAAAAAAAAGGCAUGUAAAUAUUUAUUACAAAGAUAUUUGGGACAAUUUUUAAAAGAAAAAUUAACAUUAGAUCGACUGUCAGUCGAUUUAUACAAUGGUACAGGAAAUGUUGCAGAUGUCAGACUCGAUGUACAGGCACUUAAUGAAUUGGGAGAGCAACAGAAUUGGCCGUUGGAAUUUCUGGAUGGCUACGUUGAAAAUAUUUCAGUAUAUGUACCCGUGAGAUCCUUACUUACUGAAUCAAGUUUCGUGAAAGUGAAUGGGCUCAACAUAACCGUCCAACCAAAACAACGAGAUGAAGAUGGUAAAUUCUUAGGCUUACACGCUUAGUUAAUAUUUCUAAAAAAAACCAUUUUUUCUUUAGCAACGUCGAUGUUCGAAUCGAUGUGGAGUUGUAUGACAAGCUCUAUGCAAUUAGCGCAAGAAUGUCUUCAACAAGAAGAAGGAUUAGAUAAUACACGAGCGCCACCGGAAGGAUUAGAAUUAUUUGCAAAUACAAUUGAUUCAAUAUUGAGCCGAGUAAAAGUACAUUUUACAGAUUUAGUUAUAAGAUGUGAACAUGUGCCAAAAGAUAGUAGUUCAGGAGUUGCUCUUGAAAUUAGAAUAAAAAAUUUAGAAUAUUUAGAUGAAGCUGGUGGUGAUCCAACAAAUUUAGAAACAACAGAUUUGACAUCAAAAGAUCAUACUAAAGCGUAUGUCGUGUCAAGUUUUACAACAAAAAAAUUGUUUUUUGAUGGAGUUACAUUUCAUACUGAUGAAUUUUCGUCAAAAUCACGCACAAUGUCGAGAUCGAUGUCACAAUCCCCGGUUAACACUGAUACAAAAAAUUCCAGUCCAAAUCUUAAUACUUCGAGAGAUUCAGACAACGAACAAUAUUACAUGACUGCUAGUGAGUUGCCAAGUGAAAAUUUACAAGAAUCGCCAAAUACAGAAACUACUAGUAAUAAAAAAUAUGAUGAAAGUCAAGACUGUAUUCCAAUUAUUUUUGCUAAAUUAAAUGGUCAACAAGAGAUACGCAUUCGAUUAAAACAAUCAGAAGCAAUAAGUGGACCAAAAGUUGAAAUUGAUAUGAUAUUAGGAUCAUUGAUAACAUUCCUUACGCCAAGGCAGCUACAUGCAUUAGUGGAAUUAGGUAGUGGCUUAACUAGUCCUGAUUCAGAAAAUACAAGUAAUGUUGGUAAUAAUCCACGAUGUGUACAAAAAGAAAUGACUAAGUCAGACUAUAAAAGAGUUGAAGCUGAUUUGCAAGCCCAAUUACAACCAUUAGCUCAUUUACAAGGUACUGGGCUACAAAAUUUACCUGGAUGGUCUACAGCAUCUAUAGGUGAAGAUAGUGAUGAUGAUGAUUUUGAUACGAAUACACCCUUUGGUGGUACGGGUGAUAUGUCGGAAAGUGUUUUAUCCACCGCAAGUAGUAUAGAAUCUAUAGUUUCUAAUGCCAGUAGUCAAACAGCUAGUAGUAGAUCUUCUAGGCAUGCUUCUGCACAAGCUCGACGGAAAGGAGGUUUGUAUUGAUAAUUAUUUAUUAUAAAUGAAUUGUAUAAUGUAUAUUAUAACCGAAAUAUAAUUUCAGAUUCGGAUCCAAUUGAGGAUAUUUGGCAUUUGGAGUUACGAAUAAGUUCUGUGGCGGUUGUAUUGUUGCACGAAGAUUUAUUAACUCCAUCCGCUGAUGCCGAUGAUCAUCCAUUGGCCCCGUCAAGUGUACGUCACACCGCACACAAAGCACAGACAUUUUUCGAAGAUUUAAAAACUUUCGUGCUUACUAGUCAUAGUAAUAGAGAUUUUGAGGCAGCAACACCUGUUUUUGAUUCUGCUUGUUCCUCGAAUCAUUUAAGGCUGUUUGCUGCCCCAAUACAAUUAGAAUGUACACAACAAACGUCAAGUCAUACUGUUGCAAUGAUCGGACAUUGUACAACAGCUAGAUUUGAAUUAACGGAAUGUUUAAUGGCAGAUUCAGAAAAUAUCACAAAUCGUAGUAAUACAAGUAUAAAUAACGAUAUCCAAAGAAUCGAAUUAUUAUGUUUUAAUUCAAAAACACCACAAUACGGUUUAAGCAAUAAAGCAAAUAUUAGUUUAACAUUUAAACAGUCACAAAAAACAGUACGAUAUUUCCAAGGAAAAAAACGAGCGACAAAAACCAAACUUAGAUUCCAUUUUGAUUGUUGUCGUUCAGAAUUUGAUAUUACACUAAUAGAUAGAAUAAAUGCCCUAUUAAAUCCAAAUCCCUUGUUUUGUCGAGCUGGUAAUGAGCCUUUGUCUCAAAAAACUCCACCGUACGGUACUUCGACUGAUAAUAACUACUUAGAGUAUAAAUUUGAUACUGAAGUCGUUAGUCCUGAAUGUAUAUUUAAAGUAAGAUUUCCAAUUCCCGAUUUAAGACCUAUACAUGAUAUGCAAAGAUGUCCCUGGUGGAAACGCAAUGUUAGGUCAGAUUACAUGACGUUAAAAAUGGAAAAUACAUAUUUAUGUUUUUCAAGUCAUUCACGGCAGCCUGCUAACAGAGUUGAAUUAUUGAUGAGUGCUUUAGGAAUUUCGUAUACGUUUAAAGAUUCAACGUCUCCAAUAAAUAUUGGUCGAGCAUCAACUAAUCAAAAUACAUUAUUUGGUGAACAAAAUAAAAAAAUAAGUCUAGUCAUACAUAUAUAUCCACGAAAAUUAUUAAAUGGUGAAUUUGAUGAAUCAUCUGGUGCUGAUUCAGAACCACUUAGUAUGUUUGAAGGAUUUCAACCAUCAAAAACACCCACACCGUUUAGCUCACGGCGUGUUGUUCAUGAAUCUGACACAUCACAUGCAAAACAUCAAGAUGCAGAUAGUGAUCGCGAGGAAUUAGUGAUACCUGGGAAUAAACAAGAGCUACAAGAGUUUACGGAUUAUGCAACACGUUCGUCACGGAUACAAGUCGAUUUAUAUUUCCCUGAAGUUAGUGUUCAAUUAUGUUCGAAACACAUUUUUGAAACAAUUUAUAAUCGAAUUAGUACCGACUUAUUGUUAUGGGAGCCAUCGGCUCCACGUGCAUAUUCAGGUGGCUAUGAUGGCUUGUAUUCGUGUAAUGUACUUAGUGAAUCCAUACAUCCAGCAUUUUCAAUGUGUAAAUCUGGAAUACAGUAUGAUUCAGAAGAAAGUGGUGAGAGUGAUGAUGAAUAUUAUCCAUAUUCAGUAUAUGAAAGUCGACGUUCAAAACUUCGACCACAAAAUUAUGGCAAUUUACCUGGACAAAGUACAGUCUCAAUUAUGGUUACAAUAGGACAAGGUUUAUUGCAAAUGUUUACUCCAGUGAGGGAUUCAGUUGGAAAUGUGAUACCUGGUCGACAAGGGGAAUUUUUGAUAAGUUUAUGUGAUACUUCUAUAUUUUCUGUCAGUGGAUUUCGUGGUAAUUUAGAUUUAGGAUAUGUAUGUGUUCAAGCAAAGUCUGGAAUCCUUUAUCAUUGUGGCUUAAUAGAAACUCCAAGUGGAUGUCCACCGUUGAAAGAAGUUGGAUCUAUACCGGGUAAAAAUUUGCUACAAACUAUAUAUCCGACUGAUCCAGAAUCAAAAUUUCCUAAUUCAAAUACUAGUUCACAUAGUAUGUUAACAGUUGCAAUACGUAUUCAAGCAAAUCACGAAACACAUCAUAUGAAGGUUAUAAGAGUAGCGUGUGCAGUAAAUGAUGCUACAUUAAGAGUUAAUAUUUCACGUUCUGAACAUACCUGGUUGACUCAACUUCAAGAUAUGUUUGAUGUGUUAGAUUAUCCAAUUGCCGGUUAUAAUCCAUCUCCAGUUUUAACUGAAUUACAUAUGCAUGUAUGGUCGUCUUGUAUUGAUUACAGGCCCUUACAUCUUCCUAUUCGUGCCUUGAUAACAAUUGGAAGUUUUAGUAUAUCAAGCAAUUUAGUCGCACAGACAAGGACAAAUACUUUACGUAUCAUAACAGAAGAUUGCGCUGUACUACUUUCAAAUCAGUGUAAAUCGAUAAAUGUGAAACUAAGUGAUUAUGUUUGUGUGAUGGAUUCAGGAUUAUUUGAACUUUCUUUAAGAUAUAGUGAUAAGCCGCGUGGAAACAAUCCUCAAAUGGAUCUACGAGCAUAUAAUAAUAUGAUACAUAUACGAACAUGCGCGGAUUCAGGGCGAGCAUUAACGCAAUUGAUAGAAUACUUAGCUUUAGAUGGUGAUUUACCGGUUUCUGGCGGAAUUAGUGCCACGGAUUUACGACCUCAAACCAAUGUUGUAUCAUCAAAUGAAAGUUCCACAAAUACAUUGUUGAAUGUAGAACCAGUUCAACAGAUUUGUGAUCUAUCAAAAAGCCAACAUGAGCGUGUUAUCGAGGGUAUCAGUGAAGCGAUGGAAGAACACAUGUCACUUUCAUCUAAAGAAGAUGCUGAUGAACAGAUACCAACGGGUGUAAAAUUAUUCUUUUUCCCUGAUGAAGACGCACCACAAUCAAAGAUUGAAAGUACUCCUUUGCCUCAAGUGGCAUCUGAUCUUGGUGAUACAACAACAAUAUGUGUUCCGUUACCAGCACCAACAUUUCCACCAAAAAGAUCGGAUACCGAUGAUGAAUAUGAUAUUAUAGAGAAAGAAGUCGAAAUUGAAGGCCUGCUAAAAUCGGAAAAAUCUGUUAUAUGGCAUGUAAUAGACCAAGCACCAAGAUGGGUUAAAAAUUUUGAUGCUGUGCCUGUUGGUCGAUCCGAUUUAUUAAAUGCACCAAAAACUUUCCCAACGCCAAUUACCCGUUAUACGUUAUGUGAAAUGAAUAUUAUUUGGCAUAUGUAUGGUGGACACGAUUUUAAAAAAACUAGUACUACUGAUAAAAAAAGAGAGAAUCACAAGACUGUUAAUUUUGUAUCAGAUAAAAAAUCAGAUAUAUCUUCAAGUUUUGAUUUACCAGGUAACACUGCUAUGUACAUAAAAAAUGACCCAGAAAAGAUUAAGUUUUCAACACAGAAAAAACAAAUUUCGACUAUUGAUUGGAAAAAACAAGGUGGAACUGACAGAAAUCAUGAUAUUUUAAUAGAAUUUCAACUGAAUAAGGUUCGAUUUAGGCAUGAAGUAUAUCCAGAAAAAACGAAAGAAGCAUCAAGACAAAUGUUAUUAAUAUCAGAAUUAGAAAUACGUGAUAGACUUGCAACAAGUCAAAUAAAUAAAUUUUUAUAUCAAUAUACAACUGAAGCUCGUCCUAAACGUGCUCAAACUAAUAUGGUUAUUGUAAAACAGUUAUUUGUAAGACCUGAUCCACAGUUACAAAGAGAAGAAAGUAUUUUAAGGGUAUCCGUGCUACCACUACGAUUAAAUAUUGAUCAAGAUGCCCUGCUUUUCCUUAUUUCUUUCUUCAGUGAAAUGUCUGGUGGUAAUGUUUCAGAUACAGAAAAAGAUGUAUUUACCACGAACACAUUGGCACAAAAUACAUCUAAACACAAUACACCAACUCAUCAACCACCAAUAAUGACAGUUGCUACACAACAAAAUGAAGAAACAUCAUCACUUGAAGAUAGUUUAACAGUUGCAGAAGAUGCCCAAAAAUUAAUAUCGGAUAAUUUAUUAAUACUGUUAGAAGAUGACUUACUUGCCAAAACUGAGGAUACAACACUAAAACCAUCCUCAGAAGUAACGGAAGUACGACCACCUGUUUAUUUUAGGGAUAUUAGAUUUGAUUCAGAAGUGCCUAUCAGAAUUGAUUAUCAUGGUAAACGUGUUGAUAUGUCAGGUCCAGGUGGCGCAUUAGCUGGCUUAUUAAUGGGAAUUGGACAAUUAAAUUGUUCCGAAAUAAAAUUACGACGAUUUAGAUAUAGGCAUGGUAUUUUAGGUUUUGAAAAAUUAGUUAGUUAUGCGCUUCAUGAAUGGCUUACAGAUAUUAAGAAAAAUCAAUUACCUAGUUUACUGGGCGGUGUUGGACCUAUGUAUGCUUUAGUGCAAUUAUUCCAAGGAAUACGUGAUUUAUUCUGGUUACCAAUAGAACAAUAUCAAAAAGAUGGGCGAAUAGUCCAUGGUUUACAACGAGGUGCAAAUAGUUUUACUACAUCUACGGCAAUGGCAGCUAUUGAAUUAACUACAAGAAUAAUUCAUCUUAUACAAACAACAGCUGAAACUGCCUAUGAUAUGGUAUCACCUGGACCUAGUGUAAAGCGACGAGGACAUGGUAAAAAAGGUAAAAAACGAUAUAACCAGCCUCAAGAUUUUCGUGAAGGAGUUUCGAAUGCAUAUACUAUAGUGAGAGACGGUUUAGAAGAAACGGCGUAUACAUUAGUUAGAGUUGCAUCACAUGAACAUGAACAAAAAGGUUAUAGUGGAGCAGUAGGCGGAAUAUUACGACAAAUACCACCAACAGUUGUCAAACCAAUAAUUUUAGCCACGGAAGCAACGAAUAAUGUACUUGGCGGUAUGGUAUGUGAAUUAGUUCCAGAAGUACGAAGAGAAAUUUCACAAAAAUGGCGAAACGAUGAUUCGUGAAAUAAUAUUGAUGAUAAUCGUUUAACUUUUUUUAUGUUU